AUGUUUUAUUGUCUAAACUGUUUGCGGAACCGAUUGCGAAGUUUUGUUGGCAUCAAUACAUCUCUAAGACAAUUGUCUGUGUCUUCUUCUUCUUUAUCGUCUUCGUCGUCGACGACUUCCGUAAACGAGUUGGUGGUCAACAACGACAACUUUACUAUUGACCAAUUGCUAGACAUACCGGAGCGCGACUUUGUAGCCGUCGAUAUCGACACAUUUAGCGAUGUGAUCGUUGAUUACAGCAGUGGUGGCGUCGGCGGCGGCAGCGGUUGUAGCAGCGAUUUUAUCAAACGACGCGUACAACUCAUUAUCAGCGAAUACGAGUACAAGAAGCUGACCGACGGCCGAGUGCCCAGAGAGUUGACUGACCAACAUAUGCGCGAACUAUUGGAUUUGGACAACAGUGCCGAACGGUGUCGUCAGUUGCAGUUCUGGGGCUGUAUUGAGAUCAAGCGACUCAAGACUAGACAUAUACGGGCUAUGAAAGCCCAGUCGUCGUUGUCGUGUCCAACGGUUUAUGAGAAAAAGCCGAUCGGCAUUUUCGGCGAUAGCAGCGGCAGCGGCGAAGAACAGUUAGUUUACGGCCCAUACCGUAACGGUCUGUUCCAGUUCUUUAAUCGUUCGGCUGUCAAACGAUUGCGCGCUCAUUGCAUGAGACGGGCGGCACUGUUUGGGCCGCGAGUGGUCAUCGAUUUGGACUUUGAUCGCUAUAUGAAGGCCCGUGAGUCCAGACUACUGCUAAAACAGUUAAACUUUCUCUACAACUAUAAUCUAAUGGAAACGAAAGAGCCGUUUGAUUUGCAUUUUGUGAAUUGCAAUUCAGAUGAACUAUCGAUUCGUGAGAUGCAUCGGUACUUACCGAAUGCCAGUUCCCGGAAUUUUUGGGCUACAUUUCACUAUAACAAGUCCUAUACGGAUAUAUUUCCGAAAGAACGUCUGGUCUAUUUGAGUCCGCAUUCGGAUUCAGUGCUUCGGGAGGUCAGCGACGACGAUAUCUACAUAAUUGGCGGUAUUAUAGACAAGUCGUACAUCGAACCGAUAUCGCAGAUCAAGGCCCGCGAAGAUGGUAUACGUUCGGCCAAAUUGCCGCUAACCGAGACAGUCAAGUGGCAAAAGGGGACAUUAAAUUUGUGUAUCAAUCAGGUGUUGGCCAUACUUCACGAUUGGAAAAUUACUGGUAAUUGGGAGCUAGCGAUUAAACGCAAUGUGCCGUCGAGGAAAUGGAUGUCGACGACGACGAUAGACGAUAAUGAUAUUAUCGACAACAAAAAGUUAAUGCAAUUGAAAACUAGUUUAUAUGUUUGACACAAUAUG